AUGCCACCCCCACCGAAGCGCAAGUGGCCCCGGCCGAAAGGCGGCGACCGCUCCAACGGCGCACCUGCCCCCAGCACCGUAUCCGCACCUCGCUCGGCCAUCGCGCAACAACCAAAACGGCCGAAAGUGGACGACGCACCAAAGCCUGUAGAGAUCGUCGAUGUGCGACAGAUGUACAGCACGACGGCUGGCGAUGCGGCGCCGAAGCCGUUCUCAGUCUUGCAGAACAAACUACACAAAGGACUGCUUGACGGCUUGGACAAGAUGGGAUUCGAGUACAUGUCUCCUGUUCAGCAAAAAGUACUCACCGAGCUCCCGUCAUCCUCUUCCGAUUGUGUUGUGCAGGCGAAAACUGGCACCGGCAAGACGGUUGCCUUCCUGCUUCCUGCUAUCCAAAACCUUCUUGCUGGAAAUGCGCCUCCAAGGGGCAAGGUCGGUAUCCUCGUCAUCUGCCCCACGCGUGAGCUGGCGCUUCAGAUUGCAAAAGAAUGCAACGGCGUCACCGCAUGUCUGCCACAGAAGAUGGAGUGCCACACUGCGUUUGGCGGUACCUCCCGUGCCUCGAACCUGAAGGCUUUCAUCAACGGCAAUCCUACCAUCCUUGUCGCGACUCCUGGCCGCCUCGAUGACAUACUGGGCGAAGAACAAGUCCGUGAAAGGUUCUCCCAUCUCAAGACUGUGGUUCUCGACGAAGCCGACCAAAUGCUUGACGCUGGAUUCGCGCCUGCAAUCAAGAAGAUCCUAAGGCGCAUUCCACCGAAGAGUGACGGUUGGCAGGGAAUGUGCUUCUCUGCUACCCUUCCUAAGGAGGUCCUCGACGUAGCCAAGAUCGUGCUGUUCCCAGGCUACAUGCACCUAACGACAGUCGAUCCUAACGAGGUGCCGACGCACGAGCGUGUCCCGCAGUUCUUCUUCUCCGUUCCCACGGUCGGCCAAACCUUUGCUGCUCUUUCAGCUUUGAUCGAGGAAGAAUACAAUCAAAACCCCACUGAUUUCAAAGCCAUUGUAUUUGGUACGACGGCGAACGGUGUCGGGCUACUGUAUGAUUUGUAUAAGCACGCCUUGCCCCAGUUCAGGAUGUUCGAACUUCACAGCCGCAUGUCCCAGCCUGCUCGAACACGUACCACCACGGAUUUCAAAGAGGCGGCAAGCGGGAUUCUUUUCGCUUCCGACGUUGUGGGGCGUGGCAUGGACUUUCCGAAUGUAGGCCUAGUGAUCCAACUAGGUCUUCCUUCAAGCACUGAGCAGUACAUCCACCGCGUGGGUCGCACUGCUCGUGCUGGAAAGGAUGGGCGAGCUGUUCUUGUGCUCUUCGGCCAAGAGUCAUUUUUCCCAAGGACCAACAGGACGUUGCCCAUCCAACCGUAUCCAGUGGAUAUGAUAGCGCGACUACCCAAGCAUGAGGCACAAAUCGAUAGAGCCUUCGUCAAUGUUGAAGAGGUGGCUAAAUCCAAAGCCUACCAAGCCUUCCUGGGAUACAACAAGACUUUCCUCAAGAAGCUGCAGCUAUCAACAGCGGAUCUGGUUCGGUUAGCGAAUGAGUAUGCAAGGACUAUGGGUUGCCCAGAGCCGCCAAUGCUUGAGAAGUCGACUGUUGGCAAGAUGGGCUUGAAAGGCGUGCCUGGUCUUAGAAUUGGAUCGCGCAGGUAA